GAAAUGGUGGACUAAAUAUUUGUGUUUACGAAGCAGCGACUAGAAAAUAGCACUUGGAACCACGGUGUAGAGGAUUAUCGUCUGCAACAUAAACAGACGAGGCGGCGAAAGAUUAUGUCGUGACGAGGUACAGAACUUUAUUAUUUGCAGAAUCUGAAAGUCUAUUUUCCUGAAUGCCUGUACAUCUUGAAGACAAAAUGACACUUGAAGAUGCCGGUAACGGCACACUAAAUCAUGACAGCAGUUCUCCAUCUGAGGAUUCCUAUGUACAGCAACGAGAGAAACCGAUGGUGCAUAGCGUACAUGAAGCACCACUCUGCGAUCAAUGUCAGCGACUGGGUUUGACAUUUUUUGACCCACACUGUUUGGGUGGAUGUAACAGAAUAUUGUCAGACUCUGAGACAAGUAUAGCACAAAUAUUUGCUGUCAUUCGGCAGUGGGUGCCGCAGACGCAGCAGAACAUUGAAAUGCUGGGAUAUGAGAUUUUAAAAAGAGGCGCCCAUGUCGAUGACCGUGACGGUUUAACUGACAUGACGUUAUUAAUGUAUACAUGUAAAGCAGGUGCGAUGGGUGUGGGUGACGUCACAGCCGCUGUUAAUUUUGCCAACCUGCUGAUUAGUAAGGGAGCCGACGUGAGUAUCCGCUGUCGAUGGACGUUAAUGUCAGCACUGCACUAUGCCGUUUACUUUGAUGUGGCUCCACUUGUUAGAUUGUUGCUGAAGGCUUCAAAGGGCGAAGAUGUGGAUAGUAUAUGUGGCGAAUACGAAAAUGGUACGCCAUUACACAUUGCAGCUACAAGCUGUAGCUACGAGGCGGCAAAAUGUCUGCUGCAGCAUGGAGCAAACGUCAAUGCAAAAGACGAUUUGGGGCGUUCACCCAUCGAGUGCAUCCCAGAUUCUACAGUGGUUGAUUUAAACACAGAAAUGGAAAAUAACGCCAUAAAGCUCCGACGAAUGUUCACCAGCGAAGUUAAUUUUCAGAUUCCAACAUACGGAUUGGUAAAUUACGAUGGAGUGCCUGGUAAAGUCGUGAUGGCAUCCUUAGGAUUGAAACUUGGUGAUCAAGUUAUGGUUGGGGGAAUUAAGCUUGGUACAUUGCGGUAUUGUGGCACAACACAGUUUGCUACUGGGCAGUGGGCUGGAAUUGAACUGGAUGAACCUGAGGGUAAAAACGAUGGCAGCGUCGGUGGCAUAUCUUAUUUUUCCUGCCCACCUAAGCACGGUAUAUUUGCUCCGUUAUCCAAGAUUUCUCGACCGGGUUCAACAUCUCGAAAUAGUACGCCAAGACGAGACAGCCUGGGAAAUAUCAACUAUGGAAAAGUUAAAGUAGCACAUGUGACUGCGAGAGUGAACACAGGAUUACGUAGGUCACCAUCCAGUCAAAGCAUCAACUCAGAUCCAGGUGAUAUCGAGACAGGAGACAGAGUCAUUGUGGCGGGUCAAAGAACUGGUGUUGUAAGAUUCAGUGGCAAAACUAACUUUGCACCUGGUUGGUGGUAUGGUAUAGAGCUAGACAAGGCGGUUGGUAAAAACGAUGGCGCUGUAUCCGGUGAAAGGUAUUUCACAUGUGAACCACGAAGAGGAGUCUUUGCUCCACCAUCAAGAGUUAAAAAAUACUUUGCUGGAUCAAAUGAAUCUUUGAACUCACUGGAUGGUAGUAGUAGCGUUUCCUCUCGCUUAUAUGGUGGCGGACAAACUAAAAGAAAUUUAGAAAUUAAAAAGGUGCCUAGAGUUACUAGUAAACAAAAAUACGUAAAAGACCGGUCUAAAAGUGUUACUUCUUUUCCGAGAACUCCAAGAAUAACGCUGAAUACAUCGGGUGAGUAUCGGCUGCAAGAAGGGAUGAGCGUCUACCUUAACAAUGAACUUGGCAUUGUGAGAUACAUUGGUCCUGCUCACUUUGCGGAUGGCAUCUGGUUAGGUGUGGAACUGAGAACCGCUAAAGGAAAAAAUGACGGAUCAGUCCAAGGAAAGAAGUAUUUCUCUUGCAAGCCGAAUCAUGGUCUUCUUGUGCGUCCAGGUAAAGUCACCGUCCGUGGUAUUAAAGGGGACAAGCUGAUUGGAGACGAACAUAAACAAACGUCAAAAGUAACCAAUGCAAGUUUCCAGACUGACGAUUAAUGAAUAUAUAAUAUAUAAUGUUCACAUACUGUAGAAUACUUUAUUUUAGCUGGAAUUAAUUUUCGCUGAAAACACUUUUUAAGUGUUUUGUAUGGAAUUUAUUUUCACUGAUUUUUGACAAGUUGAAUGUAAAACCAAAUUUCUAUUGUCUUUGGUAAAACAUAGGAAAAAAUAUAUAUUUUCCGGAUUUUAUUUUCACUGAAUCAUCCCUUCAGGGAAAUAACAAAAAUUAAUUCCAAGCGAAAAUAAAGUAUUGUAGAGUAUUGUAAACUUCAUCUGCAGCGGCAGAUGCAUUAUAGAUAACUUAUUCGUGUGUGAUUAUUCAUGUUCAUAUAACUGUUUUAUGGUUUAUCAUAAAUUGCUGGCACUCACACAAAAUAAUACUGAUUUGGUGAAAUACCAUCACGCAUUUUUUUGGAAAAUUUUGCGUACAAGUGAAGUGCGCCAUGUAUGGUAGA